UUGGUCUAGACCUUCCGAUCCUCCUGCUUCAGCCUCCCAGGUAGCUGAAAUUACAGGCAUGUGCCACCAUGCCUGGGUCAGUUUCUUGAUCUCUGACAUGGAGACUAUGAAAGUGAACUGGCACAAUCUCUGCCACGCAGGCACUGAAUGAACCACUAGUUGUUUGUUCAGUAUCUGAGUUGUCUGAUAAACUCCAACAUGCUAGGCUUGGGGAUAUCCCUGCUUUGAGAAGACUUGGGGGUCCAGUAAAAGAGCUAGCCAUGUAAAUAAAUAUAUUGAAAUGUUUCAUAUGUAUUGUUGGAAGUCUGGGGACUGGGAGGGGGCCAUAUGUAUAGGAGGGUAUAAAGCUUCUAGAAUGGUUGGCCUUUGAGCUGAACUUCACAAAAAGAUUUUCUUAGAGAUGGCCAAAGGGAUCUCUUGAAGGGAAGAAUAAAGAAAUAAUAAAGGAAGGAGGGGCUAGUGGUGGGAACAACUUGAAUAGGUAUAAUCCCCUUUAUGACAUUACCUCUGUGACCUCCUGCCUUGCUAAAUUAGCUAGGCUCUCCUCAGAGGCACAUGGCUAUGUUGUAUCAUUGCAAUGAAUGUGAAAGGUACUCGCAGCAAAGUGCGUGACCACGAGUGUGUGGCAGUUUCUUACUCCCCUCUCACAGGAUGGCAUUUACCAGGUGAGCCAGCAAGAACCCUGAUUUGUGGCAAAUUUCUCUCCCAGGAUCCAAAGUUCCUUAAAACCAGAUUUGCGGGCUAAUGAGAAUAGACUGUGUGGUUUUAGUCAGCUGGUUCUCUCUUAGGUCUCUCUUACCCCAGCUAAGGGGGUUUGGGAAAUGUAAUCUUUGGUUGGACAGGUAGGUAAUUAAGGGACCUACCUUCACUGUAAGAACGGAACUGCCCAGUGACUGGGUUCCAGCCAGGACUCUCCUGGACUGCACUUGCAUGGGCAACUGCUCAGGUUAGCCUGUCAACCUGCUGAUUUGGUACUUUGUGAUCAACAGGUCAAACCCCACUGAGUGAUAAUCACAGGAAGAUAUAUAUAAGUGUGUGUCAGACCUGGGUUCCAGUGUUGCCUGUGAUUUGUGGCAGUUAUUUAACAUCUUGGAGCCAUAUUGCCCCUAUGACUUUUGAGGAUAAUACUUUACCACUUUCUCUAAAUGGUCAUUUACAAUCUUGACCUUUUAAAUUUAUUUUGCAUUUGAUUUGAAUGAUGAUCAGUUUUUCUGUUUCUGAGUUACCAGGAGAGGAGGUAUGUGUUCUGCACCCAUGAUUGCUCCCCGCAAAUACAGCCUCGACUUUCAUUUUCAUAUCUGUUCCCCACCACCACCAAACAUUAGCCGCAUCUAUCUGCUAGGCUUUCAGAUCUGAACUGGGCUCACUAGGCUCCAGCCACACUGGCUGCCUUGUAUUUCCCCAGAAAGGGUCUUCCCUUUCGAGGUUGCCAAAACUGUUUCCCCUGCCUAGAAUGCUAAAAUGUUACCUCUUCGGAGAGGACAUCUUUGCCCUAAUGUGUACUUCUUUCCUGGUUUCAGCUCAUGGCUUAUUCACUGCCCUCAUACCUGUAGCUAUUUUGUUACUUGCUUUUAUCCCACACUGGGCUAUAAGCCUCUUGGGGUCGGGGUUCACUUGUCAGUCCCCAGCCCAGAGCUUAGCACGUGGCCCUCUAUAAAUACGGUUGGGGCCGUUCCACGCAGGAACUGCUGGAUGAGGAACCAAGAUUCCAGCCCAACGUUCUGUUCUACCCUCAGUGCCUUGCCCAUCAAAGGGGUGGGGAUAAAUGAGGCCCAGAGCCUGGCUCACAGUGGAAAACCCCAGCUCCCCUGACCCAGGGCGGCUCCGGAACCCCUCGGGUCUGAUUGUGCCCGGGGGAAUGGUUUCUAUGGUGACAGCAAACAGAGGGCGGGGCCUGGGUGCUUCUCGGACAGGCAGCGCGGGGAGGGAGGCGGGCUCCAGCGCUGGAAGGGCGCGCGCAGCGAGGGGCGCAUGCAGGGCCCUGGCGGGGCACUUCUGAGCACCAGGGAACUGGGCCCCGUGAGCCAGGGUUCGGCCACCUUGUACCAGGAUCAAGGCCCGGCGUGCAGUUGGCGGCGGAAGCCGCAACCACCAGAUCCACACAACAGUUCCCCCGCCUCUUGGCCCUGUGUUCCCUACCCACAAUACCGGCUGCCUGGGAGGCUGCCAUGGCCGGGGCCCGCCUCCGCCCAGCCCGAGGCGAGUGGCGCUGGCCGUCAGCGCCUGGCCAGCAGUGCUGGCUUCAUGCCCUGCCUAGGCCGCGCCUCCGAGACUCCUACCUGCGGCACUCGCGCCCAAGGCGCUGCGGAUCCCCAUCUAUUCAGCCCCCGGCCUGCCCAGGUCCUGGAUGAUCCCCCCACGCAAGACGGAUCCCUUGUCCUCUGGCGAGGAUUCUCCAAGACACCUCACCACAUGGGCCGGCUCAGAAACGCCAAAAUCCACGUGGAGAGAGCUGUCAAGCAGAAGAAGAUCUUUAUGAUCCAAGGCCGCUACCCAGUGAUCCGGUAUCUCUUACGCCGGAGAGGCUGGGUAGAGAAGAAGAUGAUCCAUCCCCCGGGCACCACCCUAAUGCCAUCCCAGAAGGAUCUGGACAGCUCAAUGCUAGGUGAUAGUGACACCACUGAGGAAGGUCUGGGCUCUGCAUACAUUGAAGAUGAAGAAGAGCAUUAUCAACAAACACAGCUGUUUGACUUAAAUGGCCUUCUGGAAUUUGAUGACCUAGAUGGGACACAUGCUUUGAUGUCCCGCAUGGUUCGGAAUGAGACACCUUACCUUAUCUGGACCACCCGGCGAGAUGUGAUGGACUGUCGCUUCCUCUCUAAGGAUCAGAUGAUAAACCACUAUGCUCGAGCUGGCUCCUUUACUACAAAGGUGGGUCUGUGUCUCAAUCUCCGGAACUUGCCCUGGUUUGAUGAGGCUGAUGCUGACUCCUUCUUCCCACGUUGCUACCGCCUGGGUGCUGAAGAUGACAAAAAAGCCUUCAUAGAGGACUUCUGGCUGACAGCUGCCCGCAACGUUCUCAAGCUGGUGGUGAAGUCGGAAUGGAAGUCAUACUCUGUCGAAACAGAAAAGGAAGAAGCUGCAAGAGAGAAGAACCUCAAGAAACAGGAACAAAAGCUCAUGACAGUGUCCCCAGAGUUUGUGGAUGAGGCCCUGUGUGCAUGUGAGGAGCACCUUAGCAACCUGGCUCACAUGGACAUCGACAAGGACCUGGAGGCUCCACUGUACCUCAGCCCUGCGGGCUGGACCCUCUUCCUCCAGCGCUACUAUCAAGUGGUCCAUGAGGGGGCAGAACUCAAGCAUUUGGAUGCACAGGUCCAGCGCUGUGAGGAUCUCCUGCAGCAGCUGCGGGCUGUGAUGCCCCAGAUUGAUAUGGAAGGGGACCGCAACAUCUGGAUCGUGAAGCCAGGAGCCAAGUCCCGUGGACGAGGCAUCAUGUGCAUGGACCACCUGGAGGAGAUGCUGAAGCUAGUGGACUGCAACCCCAUGAUGAUGAAGGACGGCAAAUGGGUGGUACAGAAGUAUAUUGAGCGCCCCCUGCUCAUCUUUGGCACCAAGUUCGACCUGAGACAGUGGUUCCUGGUGACCGACUGGAACCCACUUACUGUGUGGUUUUACCGCGAUAGCUACAUUCGCUUUUCCACACAGCCCUUCUCCCUAAAGAACCUGGACAACUCUGUGCACCUCUGCAACAACUCUAUCCAGAAGCAUCUGGAGAACUCCUGCCAUCGCCAUCCCAUGCUACCCCCAGACAACAUGUGGUCCAGCCAGAAGUUCCAGGCCCACCUGCAGGAGAUAGGGGCACCAAAUGCUUGGUCCACUGUCAUCGUGCCUGGCAUGAAGGCUGCUGUGAUCCAUGCGCUUCAGACCUCCCAAGACACAGUACAGUGUCGGAAGGCCAGCUUCGAGCUCUAUGGUGCUGACUUUGUAUUUGGUGAGGAUUUCCAGCCCUGGUUAAUUGAGAUCAAUGCCAGCCCCACCAUGGCACCCUCCACAGCUGUCACCGCCCGGCUCUGUGCCGGUGUACAAGCAGACACCUUGCGCGUGGUCAUUGACCGGCGGCUGGAUCGUAACUGUGACACAGGAGCCUUUGAACUCAUCUAUAAGCAGCCUGCCGUGGAGGUGCCCCAAUAUGUGGGUAUCCGGCUCCUGGUGGAGGGUUCCACCAUCAAGAAGCCCACGGCACUGUGUCAUCGGCGGAUGGGGGUCCACCCAUCACUCCCUCAUCUGCUAACCCAGCAAGGCUCUGGGGAAGGCAAGGAGCUGGGGACCCCUACCCACAGGUCAGCUUCCAGGAAAGGUGCUGGGUCCAGGAGCCAGGGGCACAUUGAGAAGCCAGACUCCACUGCUACCACCUCAGUCCCCGGGAAGGGGAAGAAAGCCGAGGUAGCAGAAAGUUUAAGGAAGUUGCCUGAGGUUGCACAGCCCAGAAGGGGCAGAGCUGGGAUGCAGACCCAGGUCUGUUGGACUCCAAACCCUGGAUUCUUCCCACUGCCUCUGGAGGAGGAACCGGGAGGGCUCCACUGCCCUCACCCUGCCCCUGUCUUCCCUACCCUGUGCACAUACCCUGUGGGGCAGCAGGGCAGCUGGUCAGCCUCUCUAGGCCCUCACAGCUUCCCUUGCUCCCACAGCCCCUUACCACUUCCCCAGCCUCCACGCCAAGGCACGGCUUCCUUCUUCCUGUGUGCUCCAACCCCAGGGGCGCAUCCUCAUAGUGCAGCCCUGCAAACUGACUCUGACCUCAAGAUGGCACCCAGCAUCCCAAAGCCAAGAAAGGCUGUUGCUCCCAAGCGCCUUCGAGGUCCCCAACCUGCCCGUGUCUUGUGGCCUCAGACCUUUGAAGUCGGAACUCUUCCCAGCACCCAUAGGAAGGUCAAGGGCAAAGGCAAGUUGAAGGCCAGACUCUGCGACAAACCCAAGGCGGAGGCAUACCCUGUGAAGAGGCUGGGCCAUCCUAUAUCCCUGCCCCUUACUGAUACAUUCCAGAAGCUGAGGGGUACGGAGGUUAUGAGGCUAGGGAAAUCUUGCUCUGUUCUUGUGGGGCACUGCCUCUGUCCUGGAUCUAGCACCAAAUAAAGAGGAGCAAACGAACUGUGGAA